GUAUCACGAACCGCACGCAUAAAAUGGGAAAGUGCAUGUCGCAGAGACUUAUACUUGGAUGCAGCCGUGCGAAUCAGCCGUGUUGAUAAUCGCCUUGGUUACGCAUAUCUUUCCUUGCAUUUUCACGACUAAUCACAAGCACACUAUCUUUUCACUUUCAGUCUUUUUCUGUCCAUAGCUUCGCGUUAUCUCUACCCAUAUACACACUUCUCAGCUUGAACGCCUUUCUUUUUCACUCACUGCAAACCCUUGUCAUCAUCACAAAUGGAGGCAACUCAGGAAUCAACCCAGCCGUGUACGGACCCUCGCCGUGCUGGCUACAACAACUCCGGUCUUCUUGAAGAUGAUAUGACGGACAUCAUCUGUAUCUUACACCCCAACUCGCCUGCAGCGCACGAAGCCGUGGCAGCGACCGCCCGCCAAAGUCCCCAGCACAUUCUGCAAAGACACGCAUUAGACUAUAAAUGUUCUGAUACUGCUGCCUUGGACUUCGCUCUUCGCCUAUCAUCCCAAGUACGCGACCCAUGUGCCGGCUUCUACUUCGGACGAAACCCAGCCCGCUGCGACCUUCUGCUCACAGCACAGGGCAAUAUGGGACGAAUCUCCAACACACACUGUCGUAUCUUCUUGACCCAGGACGGCAUUCUCAUGCUUGAGGAUACCUCUACCAAUGGUACGAUAGUGGACAACUGCCGUCUCCGGAAGACUCAGAAAGAGAAAAGCCGCAUGCUAGUCAAUGGUUCGGUGAUCCAAGUCAUGAAUGGUGACCACGCCUCGGAUGAGGUUCGGUUCAUUGUCCGCAUGCCCUCCCGGGAUGGUUACAUGAUGCAGUACACGGAAAACAUACUACGCUACUUCGAGCAGAUCUCGAAGCUUCAGCCUCAACAGCCCGGCAGGACUCAGCGUAAUCCUCGCGCGACACCCGCACCGGCCUUACAGUUGUCAGGCUCCAAUACCUACGGGAUGCACUGGUCUGGAGGAUCAACAUACAAUGUCACCGGUCAGAUUGGAAAAGGCGCCUUUGCAACAGUCUAUAAGCUCGCGACAAAGCAGCAUGGAGCUGUGUAUGCCGCCAAAGAGCUCGACAAGCGACGAUUCAUGAAAAACGGCAUACUCGACAAGAAAGUUGAUAAUGAGAUGCAAAUCAUGAGAGACUUGAAACAUCCUAACAUUGUACAAUACAUCGACCACUAUGAACACGAGCGUUGGAUUUACAUCAUCAUGGAGUACGUCCCUUGCGGCGAGUUGUCAACCUACUUACAGUCGCAUGGCAAGAUCCAAGAGGACAUGGUGAAACCUAUGGCCCGUCAGAUCUUGCAUGCAUUGCAGUAUUUACACGCCCGCAAGAUCACACACCGUGACAUCAAACCUGACAAUAUCCUGAUAUCUUCUUUCGAUCCACUAAGGGUCAAGUUGUCAGACUUUGGUCUCUCAAAAGUCGUCCAGGAAGAGACAUUCUUAAGGACCUUCUGCGGUACCCUGCUCUAUUGCGCCCCCGAGGUUUAUCCUGAAUAUGAGACAUACCGGCGAGGAGAGAUCAAGAAGCGGCGUAGGUUGGGCGAUCCGCCUCCGAAAACGUCUCCUUACGGUCAAUCUGUCGAUAUGUGGUCGCUGGGCGCAGUCCUCUUCCACUUACUCGCCGGUGUCCCUCCGUUCGCUCCGAGGGGCGAUGACAGGGGAGCCCAGAUGCUUAGAAUCAUCAUGACCGAGGAUGCCGAUUACUCCCUGCUGCGUGCAGCGGGAGUCUCAGAAGAUGGCGUCGACUUUGUUGCUCAACUCUUGACUCGUGAUCCCCAUUCUCGACCGAAUCAGAAGCAAUGUUUCCAGCAUCCAUGGAUUGCAAAUAUCCCCGAUCUUGACGAAUACGAGGACGAGGAGGUCAACCCUGAUGUCCUCGAGGAGCUUUCAGACAUCGGGGAAGAUGUGGAGGACGAGCUAGACGCAUCUCAGCUUUCGCUCAACGAAAAUGCGGUACGAAUCCUAGAUGAAGAGGGGGACGACCUGGCUCAAUCCAAGAAAAUAAAACUGGAUUACCCCCCUGCCAAUAUCCAUUACCCGUCGCUUCCGGAGAUAGAAAGCUUCGCGUCCCUUCAGCCAGUGGCACAAUCUACCCCGAAACGCCUGUUUGGUGAGAUCACGCCGUCGGUUCUCCACAGUUCCCACGCGUUGGGGGAAAAUGUGGACGCGUUCGAGGGCGAUGAUUACAGCAUCCGUGACUUUGUGUCUUCAACUGGUGAGUCGAUGAUAAGCGACGGCAACAGCCUAUUUUCUAUCCUCUCCCUCCCGGAAAACCCCAUUGCCGGAUCUGCACCUAGCUUGAUGGGAGCUGAGAAACUUAUUGGGCAGCUGAACGUGAACUCACGCGACCCUGGCACAUCGAGUCCCAUUCCCCAGGGCGCCGAGGCACAGGAACCGCCAACUAAAGCGAACAUAGGCGACCCGGUCAAGCAACCUUCGAGCACAAAACAGCGGACCAAUGUUGUUGAGGAGACCCCCAAGCCUUCGGCCAUAUUCAGUCGACGGAUAGAGCUGCCAAUGCCUGACACUGCCAGUGAGAGUUCAAGUCCGGAGCCUUUCUCCAAGCAAAAGACUCAAGAGCCCGAGGCUCAAAGCGGAGAAGUGGACAUUUUCAGUAUCGAACUGGCCAAUACCAUCGAUGCCAAAACAGGGAAGCAGCUUCCAGACAUAAGCAAGAGACCAGAACCUCCGGAGCCGCCUGCAGAACCUGAUCCUGGACCGGAUGAUGUGCCACUCCAACUUCCGCGGCCUAUGCCUCGACGGAAAGAGUCUCGGCUUCUCCUUGGCAAGUUGAGUACCCUGCCUGGCUCAAUAUUCGACCUCACCCUUCGCCUGGAGAACCGGAUGACUUCAUGGGGUCGCGGGCCUCAAGCAACCAUCUGUUACCCCGACCCAAUGGACACACGGGUUCCUGCCUAUGCCUUGGAGGUCACUUUCUGGGCGCCGGCCAUCGAAGCCAAAAUUGCCGAAGGCAAAGACUGGCUGACUGUGCCCGGGGUAAUGGCCAUUCUAUCCACCAAAACACGCAAAUGUAUCUGGGUGAACGGCACUGAGCUGCGACGUGGGCCUGAGGGGGACAAGAACAAUCGGGAGGGUUUCCACUUCGGCAAGCUUUAUACCGGCGACGUCAUCACUAUUUGGCAACAUCGAAACAAGUUCUUGAAGUUCGAAUGCGAGUUUUAUCAUGGAGACAGCGCGCGUCCGCGACCCGAGGCCGAGAAGGGGUUCGCAGUGCGCAAGGUGCUGAUGCCUAAGGAGAAGGCCGCUAAUCAACUUCCGGUGCUGAAAGACUAUGGAAAGAAGUAAGAAGGCUCUUGCUUGGCCGAGUCGGAUAGAAACAAAGGUGACCACCAUGGGUGUCUUAUAUAAUCGUUUUGGAAAGCUGUGACUU